AUGCGUCCAACUAGUGUGCAUUCCGCUGUAACCACUUCCACCGUAUCAGUGCAGCCGCCCUCUUUACCUUCAACACCUGUGGCCAACGGUAACAAUUUUGGGAGCUCUUCCACUUUCACACCAAGCGAAUCUAUCUCGUUGUCAAGUCUCAGCAGCAUCAGCAGCCCAAUCGCCUCUCAUUCUGAUCCAGAAAGUUCGGCCCCCCAUCAAAGUUCCUCAAGUUACAGUGUAAUUACAUUCUCAACCACAAACGAAAAUGGAUACACCAUUGAUGUCACUAGUACCAGCUUCUUUAUGCCUUUGUCUACAAACUCUGCUUCGAACGGAGGGUCCAUCAAUAACGCCAAGACCGACUCAACAAGCGCCGCUUCCAAGGGCGCUAAUGUGCGCGCCAUCGUCGGUGGCAUUGUAGGCGCCAUAACCUUCAUUCUUCUACUCUUGUUCGCGAUAUGGACCAUUCGUCGGCGAAAGAAGAACCGCAUGGCACCUUCAUCAGAGUUCAUCAGAUCAUACGGUACACCCUUCGGGAGCGGUUCUGAAUCGCGCUUCCGCCAUCUAGACGACUCCACUUACGAUGCUGACGCACAAUCCAUCAGCAAUUUCCCUUUCGAAACUGCACUAUCUCAUGGAACACAGGAGUCCUACAGAUCAUACUUCCAUCAAACACGCGAAAAAUCGGAUAUCAAUUAA